UUUAGUUGUAAAAAAAAACCAAACAAUCCCACCCAUAAACCCGAGUUCUCUUGGCCCCUGGCCCCCGAUCCAAAACUGGAAAUUACAAACCUGGCUCUUCCUGUUUCCCGCUAUACCCAACCUCCCCAUCGCACGUAUUGCACGUGCCUCCAUCUCUGCUACCGAGAGCACACUCUCCGGGACGUGAUUGUUCACACCACGUCACCACCCUCCUCUUUCUCCGUUUCACGAUUCCAUCUUUCCCAGUUCAAAGUUUCGUACCUUAAAAUUAAAAAUUAAAAACACUAAAUAAAAUAAAAUAAACCAGAUAAAAAGCACCGACCCGAAUAUAAAAUAUACAUCAAAACCCAAUUAGCCAUUAUAUUCCUCCCUCCCCCCUUUUCCCCAUAAUUAUAAAAAUAAUUUCAAUACAUGAAUCUCCAUUUGCAUGAUUUAAUCUAAAUCCAAAAUCCAAUGCAAAUCUAAUAUACAUAACGGUUCGGUUCUUCCACGAGAUUUUUUCUUCUUGUUCGGGGGGUGAUUCCGAAGCUGGAUCCGAAGGGAGGAGCUAGGUAUGGAGUCGAUCCUAGCCAGAGCUCUGGAGUACACUCUCAAAUAUAAACGGUGAUGCAUUGCAUGCCAGCGUUGGAUUGCCACCUGCACUCAAUGUAGCCACCGCCAAAGUUGGCAAAUUGGAGAUUAUGCUACUGUCCGCGAGCAAUGUACAGACAGAGCCCAUUUUUGUGCAAAUUGACAGGUUGGAUUUAGUUCUAAAGGAGAAUUCUGAUUACCAAAAGCCACCUGAGAAUCUUGCUAGGAAGUGAAAAUUCUUAUCUUGCUGUAGAGUGAUGCUUUUUUCAGUUUAGCUAGUAAGGUUGGUAUACUAUUAUAUGCAGCAUCACGCCAUCAAGUGCCUCUUCAAAGGGUAGUGGUUAUGGUUUUGCUGAUAAGGUUUGGCUCUCUCACUCCUAAGACUAUGUUGUUAUUUGUGGCUAACAUCUAACAUGUGUAUUUUACUACUUGUGUGAUGCUUGUAGUAGUUAAACUUUACAAUGAAUGCACACAAUUGAAAAUGGAAAUGAAGAGAGAAAACUGUUGUUUACGAGAGAUGGGAGAUUUGAAUUGAUUCACUUCAUACCUUAGCUGGACUCUACAUUCUUCUAUCUUUCUCCAUCCUUUCAACUUUCACGUUGUUGCUGUUGAUUGUUGAGAGAACCUUAAGCAACAUAAAAAUAAAGAUCUAUGAAGAGAUACUAGUUUAGGAUUAACAGUUUGUAGCAAAUAGAAAUCAUUUAUCUGAUGUGCAUGUUCAAUUUGAAUGUUCCUCAUUGCUACUGACUGUGGACUUACUAUACAAAUACAAAUUCAAACAGUUAAUUUAUUACUUGAAACUCAUGGGAGUGCCCGUCCCCAAGGUGGAGCAGCAUGGGCACCGCCUAUGGCAUCUGUCACCAUACGCAAUCUGUUGCUGUAUACCACAAAUGAAAUCUGGGAGGUUGUAAAUCUUAAGGAGGCAAGGGAGUUCUCAAGUAAUACGAAGUAUAUAUAUGUAUUCAAAAAACUGGAGUGGGAAUCUUUGUCUAUUGAUCUUUUGCCUCAUCCUGACAUGUUCAAGGAUAGGAGUGUCCGCGGAUCGGAUCGGAUAUGGUCGAAAAUUCGAUCUGAUCUACACAAUUUUUAUCGGAUCGGAUAUGAUAUCCACGCUUUUUUAGUGCCAGAUCCGAUCCGAUUUGCAAAUGUGCGGAUCGGAUCGGAUAUAUCCGCAUAAUUAAACCUUCU